AUGCCGAAAGAGCUCCGCCGUGCUGCGCCCCUUGCGGGACGGCCUCGAGCUCUCUCUCCGUCUCUGCAUUCCCCCUCGAAAGGCGCCGAGUUUCUGCAUGUUCAAGUGGACGUUUGUGCUGGAGCAGAAGACCGGGAAAUCUCCCAACAGAUACACACCAACGCACCGCAACAGGGCCAGACGACCUUGACUUCGCCACAACCCGCCUCGCAUUCGCCUCCUUGUUCGUCCGUCUCUCCUUCCUCGUCCUUGGGUUUAUCCUCGUCGUCCCCUGCAUCUCCUUGUCUCUGUCAGACGCCCCUCGCCUCAAAACUUCUCUCCGCUGCUCCUGCCGUUGCGCCGUCUUCCUCCUUACUCUCUUCCUUCUGUUCUUCGUCCUCUGUGCCGGUGGGCGCGCGAAGCGACGCAGGGCUCGGCCUGAGGGAGACGCAGGCCUUUCCGAGGAGCGAGAAGGCGCAGAACGAAGAAGACACCGCGCGCCGUGAAGGCUCGGCGCCUGGGGCGGCUCCAGCUGCGUCGCCGCCGGGGCGCCGCCUGGUGACCGGGCGAGGCAGAAAAGGAGUGAAUCGUAUCAGGCGCUCCCAAGAGCGAAGCGAAGACGACAUCGAAGUUCAGAUCAGCUCCUCUGACGACGACGCAGAGCGCGGGCGCGUGCUCGCUCUCCUGCAUGCGAAGGGAAAGGGGAAGAAAGCGGCGCCUUCGACGAAAGGGUCCGGGGCGAAGAACGGCGCGAGAGACGACCGGAAGGGAAGCAGCGGAGAGAGGCGAGGGAGCGACUGCGCUCCGCGGCCAGAGACAGAGGAGGCUCGGGAAGCCGCGCGGAACGGCGGGGAAGAUCCAACGAAGGCGUCGGCACAAGGCGACGGGCGCGACGGCCAACAGGGCGCCUGCGGUUUGUGCGAGGCGAAACCGCGCGCAGAGGCCACGCCGGGGAUCGGCUCGGCAAGCGAAGCACCGCGUGGAGAAGGCGCGAAAGCGAAGGGACGCGGGACAGGCAGAGAGCACGUGACGGGCAAACACAGCGACGCAGAGCGCGACGGUUCCUGUGCCGUUCAGAGCGAAAGCGGGGCGGAGGAGAGAGUCGAGGCGGCGGGAGGAUCCUGGAGACACUCCGCGGCCACUGCGGCGAAAGCGCAUCCCGUGCACACACGGCGUGAGGCAAUGGGGCGAGACGUGGAACAGGCAGGAGACCGGGCGCGAGAGAGCCAGCAGGCGCCCGGGGGUGCGCGGAAGAGAGGCCGCGAAGAGAGGAGGAGUGAAGAGGAGAGAGACGUUCGGGAGGGCGAGACGGAAGCAGGCGGGCCACGCGCCGAGGGACAAAAGCGGCUGAGAGAGACGUCUGAGAAAGGCGACGGGGCGAACCCCGCGGGACAGAAGCAAGAGCAGAACGCAGCCCUGCACGAAGACGGUGAAGACGUGCGUGCCGAGCAAGAAGCACACCUUGAGCGGGCGGCGCCCUGUCGACAGGCGUCUUUGCCCGGGGGGGACGCGUCUCCGUCGUCUGCCGUUCUCCCUGCAGCGCCUUCUGUCGCGGGCGACCCUGGAGAGCCCUCGCCUCUCGCGCCUCCCGACCUGGGCGACUGCGAUUGCAGCGCACCGCGCGAGACUGCCAAUGCGUCGGAAGCCUCAUUUGGUGCCUCGCUGUGCCCACGUCUUAGCUCCGAAAACGCCGUUGUCCCCAAAGCCCGGGAAACGUUUCCCUCUCACGCCUGCUCGCGAGAAGAUGCCGAGGGCGAGCCGUGCAGAAGCGAAGAAGCCGCUCUGUUUCGUUUCCAGAAAAAGAUGGAGACUCUGGCGCAGGAAGACCUCGGGACAGCGCACUCUAUAGCGGUCGACACGCAGGGCGCUGUCCGCGUCUUCCACGCCGCCUUGUGGUUGGAGCAUCUCGCGAAGAAGCGGGAAAAGCGAGCGGAAGACGCGCGAGGAAAUGAACUCGAGCGCACUGGCGAGAAACGACACCACGCAGGACGGGCGGGCGUUGGGCGCGCGGUGCCUGGAAAGGAGGCGAAACGCGACCAGAAAGGGGACGAAGCGGAUACCGCGGCCGACUGCGAGGACGAAAGCGAGAACGGGGGGGGGAGAGCGGAGACAGGACCGAGGCAGGCCCCGACUGAGGGCGCGACGGGACAGGAAACCGGAGCAGAGGAGACAGGCGAGGAGCUCGGCGGAGCCGCCAGAGAGAGACCAGAAGCCCCUGCGCCUGUGUCGUCGGCGCAAGGAGAGGAAGCCGGAGGAGGGCGAAAGGCCGCAGAAAGGAAGAGAGGCGACAACGACGCGGGCCCCGGGUCGUACUACGACAGCGACUGCGACUCCAUGUAUGGCGAAGGAGCGGACCUGGAUCCUGUGGACGAGAGCGUGCAGAACGCCCUUCUGGGAGACCGCGAAAACGACGUUAUCUCCCUCGUCGAGGCCUGGCGGAAUAUCCAGCAACUCUGUCGUUCAGUCGGCUCUAGAGAUGCCAUUGCCGACGUGUCGUCGCCUUCACGCUCCUCCCCGCCCGUUUCUUGCGACUCGCCUGCGCCGUCACCUCUGUCAAAGGAGGAGAGAGCUGCUGUGCGUUCUCAGGCGUACAGACAGCUGCCGCCUCGCGUGUGGAACGACAACCUCGAGCUGCACUGUGCGGUGUGCGAGAGGGUGAACCACGACCCACACACGACGACUAUGCUGGUGUGCGAAGCCUACUGCCAGCGCGCCUUCCAUCCUGCUUGCGUCGGCUUGGGCAACCUGGAGCUCGACUGGGCCGACGAGGACGAGCUGCGGUCUCGCGCCUUCUCCUUCCAGUGCGAGGACUGCUGCGACGAGGUUCUCCGGUGCAGCGCGUGCGGUCUCCGCAAGCCUCGGCGUCAACUGUCCCGCUGCAGCCACAUGCUGUGCCGCCGGUUUUACUGCUGGCCUGCCUGCGUGGAGGCGACCGUCCACAUAUCGCCUUUCCAGUCGGGGCCUCUGGUGCCGUCGCUGCGAGCAGACGACCUGCAACGCCUGACAGCGAAUCGCGGGGCGUGCGCGAACUCCCUUCUGAACCGCCGGCUCAGUAAGAAAGAGGCGAAGCACAAGCAUCGCCCGGUCUCCGGUGUCCCCGCGUCGGCCCCGUCCGCUGAUGCUGGUGGAUCGGCGGCGCCGACUUGCGCAGAAAACGGGCGCUCUGGCGUAUGCGCCGCGGAAGCGGUGGACGCAAAACCGUCCCCGGAGACAGGCGAUGCGGGCGGGGGCAGCGAGGAGAGCGACGCGCAGCGCGCAAGCGCGACUGCGGAGGGAGAUAGAGAGGGUCAAGACGGUCUACGCAAGCAAGUCGCGGGGGCUGGAGACGCCGAGCGGAGACCGGGGAAGGGAGUCAGACCCAGACAGAAAGAACAGAAAAAGGCAAGGCGAGAAGCGCGAGCUGGCGGCGCGCCUUCGCUCUUAUUCGCGUCGAGAGAAAGCCACGCUGAGAGAAACGACGCAGAAGACGGGCAAGGCGCGGAGGCCAAUCGUCUCGUGGAAGCUGCGCGAAUUCUGUACGAGGCAGGCGAAGAUGUGUUCUUCGACGCCCAGGGCCGCGAGCGUUUCAUCUGCUCCCGUCAUUUUUGCGUGUCUUGCCACACGUUGGAGACGCAGCAUUUCACGUGGGAGACGCACCUUCGCCAACUCGCUUAUCUAGCCGACGACCUGCAGCUAGCGGUGCCCAGCUUAUCUGGGGCGGCACCGGAGCGGGACACGGACACGGGCACACGGCACAGAAGCAGCGAAGACGCCCUGGCGACGCAGGGGGGCAGUCGCCAAGCCGAGCCGGUGGAAGCGGCCUUUGAACUGGAGCACGGGAAUCGAUCCGGUACCCGCGGCCAUCUGCAGAGACGAGGCAGGCAUCACGGCCGACUAGACGUUCACGGAGGGCGCGCAGCUGUUCCAGGGAAACCCGGAGACAGCGUGGGCUUUCCGCAGUGCGGGGCGGUCCAGGCUCGCGGGAUAGCCGACGAAACCCCAGGCUCCGCUUGGUCUUCGGCGACCGCUUCUGCGCUGGUGGCAUCGCCUCAGGGAGAUGCGCCCGCGAGUCAGAUGGCUGCAGUGAAGAGGCAGCUCGCCUUUGCUCGGGUCUGUUUCGACUUUGUAAAGGAGUCGACGCGAGGGUGGACGGACAGAAGAAUCUUUGCCAAGCAGUACAAGCUGAAUCGGCCCGACCCCUUCCCCUCUCUGCUGGUUUCGCCGCUCGUGGACAUCUGGGAAUGUCAGCUCUGCCGGGCUGCCUUUUGCAGUCGCUGUGUGCCGCCCGCUUCGAAGAUUCUGAGUGACGCUUCGGGGUCGAUUCUCUGCGACUUCUGUCGCUUUUCCGCGAGCUGGAAACGCCGGAAAGACGCUGCGCUGGGGCCGUACGGCGGCCCCGGGGAGGCGCGGCACGCGCCGUGCAGAGGCGCAGACGAGGCGGGCGAGCGCGGUCGAAGAGACGGACGAAGGCGGAAGGGAAGGAAGGCGCGAAAGGAGGAGGAGGAGCGACGGAUUGCCGAGAUGAUCAAGGAUGUCGUCGUGGGCGCCGACUGCAUGACCAGUCUAACCACGAACUUCCGUCGCUUCCUGAGGGCAGAGUCUUCUACGCCGGGCCAGAGUGCCUGCGUCGCAGCUCCGGUUCGCGUCAUCGACGACCGAGCCUGGGAGAGCUGCGCGCUUCUCGAGGACGAGCCGGGGCUCGAUGACGCUGCAGCCGCAGCCCCGGCGGUCCUCUCGCCGUCCGCUUCAGCCUCCAGCGCCUCUGGAUCUAAGGGCCUUUCUUCGCUCUCGGCGGAGUCGGCGCGGAAGCGGCUGCAUGGCGCGCCUUCUCGGAAUGCGUCAGUCGGCGAGGCGGGGGAGAGCGGCGAGCGGAAGCGGCGGAAGGCACGCGACGGGGAGCGCGGCGAGGCGGGCUCCGGAGGGGCGGACACUCCUGGCGCGAAACCGUCUCGGCAGUUGGCGGCGGGGGCGUUUGGGGCGGACCGUCUGAAUUUUCAGUUCACGACGAGUUGCAUUUUCCCCGCGCAGUGCCGGAACCUGCUGCGGGCGCGCAGCGAGGGCGAGAUGUGCGUGUGCGCGGGGCGAACGUGCGACGCCGACUGUUUGAAUCGGAGCCGCGGAAUUCAGUGCGACCGGAAACGGUGCAAAUUCGGGCCAGUCGACUGCGGGAACCGACAGUUCAAGCGCGGGGGCGGCUCGGGGUCUCAGGCUUUCUGCUUCGUGCAGGACUGCGGCGAGAAGGGUUUGGGCGUCUUUGCCCGGGAACGGAUCGAAGAGGGAAAACUGGUGAUCGAGUACGUGGGCGAGGUACUGGACUCGCAGCUGCUCGCGGCGCGCGUGCGCGCGUACACGCAGCAGGAGUUGGUACGCGGCCAGCCGCAACACUGGUACGUGAUGGAAGUCAUUCCCCACGUGUACAUCGACAGCACGCGCGUGGGGAAUAUUGCGCGACUGGUGAACCACAGCUGCGAGCCGAACUGCUCACUGCAACGCGUGAACGUCCACGGGACCUACCGGAUGGGGAUCUUCGCGUUGCGCCCGAUCCUCCCCGGGGAGGAGAUCUCGUACGACUACGGCUUCACCCGCAAGGGCUUCGGCCAAGGCUUCGUCUGCUUCUGCGGGAGCAGCAAGUGCCGGGGGCGGAUCGGCGGCGACAGCCGCCGGAACAAGUUUGGAGACGUCGCCGACAACGCACUCAAGCGAAAGGAGGGAUUCGACACUCUGCUGUGCAAGCAACUCUGCCAGGCCAUCACGUCCCAGAGCUUCUCGAGGGCCGAACGCAUCCCGCCGCCCUCCCCCUACACGUGGCGACGCGACGGCGUCGGCACCAGCGCCCAGGCGCGCGCGUGGCUCGAGAAGAAACUCGCGGAAGGAGAGGCCGACAACCCGUUCUUUGCGCAGUUCAUCUUCGACUUCCACCUCUAUGACGCCGCCGUAAACUUCGUCAAACUCCUCCUGCUGGACGGAAAGACCGUCGAAGAAUUCGCUCGCAGCAAAACGAAAUCCAUGUGCAUGGACAUACCUUGGAGUUUGCUGGCGAGUGACUUCAACGACAAGGGCAUGACGCAGGCAAUCCGGCAUUCCAUCCUUACGGAAGAGCGCCUAAACAAAGCCAAGAAGUUCUUUCUUUCUAAUAUGGCGAUUCGCGCCGCAGUGGCGUCGGGCCGCUCUGCGCAGACGGCCUUGCAGGACCUCGUCGACCUCAACUGGGGUGCAACGGAGGUGUGUUCCCUAUGCGAUAGCGAAGGCGUCGUCAGCGUCUGUGACUCCUGCGCCGAGGCUUACCAUGCCGACUGCGCGGAACUGAGUCAAGACGACGAAGGCCACUCUCUCUGUCCUGCGUGUCUCCUCUCGGAUUCUAGGCGCCAGUGGCAUUUGAUGAGCGAAGCUCAGCGCGUCCAUGUGGGCGUGCGGUUGAACGCGCUGCGGCUCCUGGAGGCGCUGGCCAAGUCGCCGCAUCAGCAAUUGUUCCCGCGUCAAGACACGUUUCCUGGCGAUUUGAACGCAGGUGCUCGCGACAGGGCGAAAGGACUUGAAAAGGUCGAAGACGAGACCGAGGGUGGCGCUGGAUCGUUGGUCUCCAAGCGAAAUGGGCGUACCGACGCUUCGAAGAAAGGAGGAAAAGGGAGUGUCCGGUCAGGGAAUCUUGGCCAUGAGAAAGGGAGAAAUGGAGCCGCUGAGGGGGGCGGGCAGACCUUCCCCGUGCUCGCUGGAUCGCAUGUGGACGACAUCUGGUCCGUGUUCACGCUUCAGGAUGAAGAAGAGGCUUUAUUUUUUGAAGCAGGUUAUGUGGAAGAGUAG